UCGAGUGUGUGCAGACGCUGUGCGGCGUUAACCCCGUUAACGUAUUUUUUUUUUCCUCCACAAAAAGAAAAUAUCAAAAAAAUAAUCCCACCUCUCGACACGCGUCUGAUCCACCCACACCCCCCGAGCGGCCCUCCUGAAAAAAAAAAGUCCCACGCGUUUGUGCACCCCCAUAACCGCGAUAAACUCCCCCCCACCCGUCUAUCACUGACAAAAGCGAGAGAGACAGACUAUCCAAGACAAAGACAGCGAGUAGAGAAAAAAAAAAUCUGUGAUUUGGUGACAAAGAAUCGAAAAGUAAUAAUUCAGUGUGUGUCAUUAAAUAAAGUACAGUAAUAACGUGCAUUAGAGGGAAUACCAUUGAAAUAUUCCCUGAGUGUCACUUAGCGUCCACCUAAUCACUGAGAGGGUACUGGCCUUCUUCAGUGAGGCCCAAAAUUCGUCAUCUCUUUUGUAAUCUAGAGAUUGAAGGUGAUUGAGAAGUACCUAGACUGUGUCGUGGCUGUGUCGUAAAAUGUCACCCUAUUGUUCGCAGAGUUGACCUAACCUCUAGAACACUCCGAAGUGAGUGAAGAAAUAAAAAAAAAAAACACCCUUCCACCCCUGAAAAACCAAUUUUUCAAAUUCAAUUCCCUAGAUCAGCGAUCUAGUUUAUUUCUACGUUUUCUAGUGUUUUUAUCGUUUAACGUCAUUUAUUUGGGUUCUGUACAGUUGGGGUAGUGCUAAUAUUGUGUGUUGAACAGUGGAAGAAGUGAAAAAUUGGAGAGAAUUAUUGAUUUUUGGGCCUGAUCAUUUGAUUUUUUGGCCGAGAACAUUCAGCGUCAGUGGAAUUUUUUUUUGAGUUCUUGAUUUUUGAAGUUCGAUGUGGCCUCACACCGGACAGUGAAAAAAGUGAAGAUUUGGGAUAAUUGUUGAUUUUUGGGCCUUAUCCUUGGGAUAUUAAGUGUUACCUAGAGUUGUUCUUUGAGAUUGAGGGUUUGGUCCAUUAUUUCGACGUUUUAUCGAGGGGCAAGGGGGCUCUAAGGGGUAAUAAACCAUUGAUGGCAGUAGUGGGGCCUAGCCGGCACUCCCGGGUGUCCAUGAGUGUGUCCAUGUCGCUUAUGCAGGGGGGUGGAGCCGGUACAACUGGCGGGGGAUCAACUGGGACCCAUCCGGGCCCCGCUGUACUAGCUGCUGCUGCUGCUGCUGCCGCUGCUGCUGCAGCCCAAACACCACAGAAUUAUUAUCAUCCGGCUGCACCAGCACCACCACCACCACCACCCAUUCAGGAUCCUGUUCAGCCGGACAGGCCCAUUGGGUAUGGGGCCUUCGGGGUUGUCUGGGCGGUCACUGAUCCCAGGGACGGCCGAAGAGUCGCUCUCAAGAAGCUACCAAAUGUCUUUCAGAGUCUUGUGAGCAGUAAGAGGGUAUUCAGGGAAUUGAAGAUGCUGUGCUUUUUCAAACAUGAAAAUGUUCUCUCAGCACUGGACAUCCUGCAGCCACCGCAUCUUGACUUCUUCCAGGAAAUAUACGUGAUAACAGAACUUCUACAGAGUGACCUGCACAAGAUCAUCGUGAGUCCCCAGCCGCUGAGUCCCGACCACAUCAAGGUUUUCCUCUACCAAAUAUUGCGGGGGCUUAAAUAUCUCCACUCGGCGAGGAUCCUCCACAGGGACAUCAAACCCGGGAACCUAUUAGUGAACAGCAAUUGCGUUCUGAAGAUCUGUGAUUUUGGCUUGGCGAGGGUAGAGGAGCCAGAUCAGAACAAACACAUGACCCAGGAGGUGGUGACACAGUAUUACCGUGCACCAGAGAUUUUAAUGGGUGCACGUCACUACACAGCUGCAGUGGACGUAUGGAGUGUUGGCUGCAUAUUCGGUGAACUUUUGCGCAGGCGAAUUCUAUUCCAGGCACAGAGUCCGGUCCAGCAGCUGGAGCUAAUAACAGAAUUGUUGGGUACCCCAACCCUCGAGGAUAUGAGGUACGCCUGUGAGGGUGCCAGGACACAUAUGCUGCGACGAGCACCAAAGCCAUCCUCACUGACAGCCCUCUAUUCGUUGAGCAAUCAGGCAACUCACGAGGCUGUACACUUACUCUGCCAGAUGCUCGUGUUCGACCCUGAUAAGAGAAUUACUGUUGUUGAUGCACUGGCCCAUCCGUACCUCGACGAGGGUAGACUGAGGUAUCACUCGUGCAUGUGCACGUGUUGUUACACAACGAGUGCUGGUAUGAGACAGUACACAUCGGACUUUGAGCCGGCGACGUCCCAUCCCUUCGAUGAUUUGUGGGAGAAAAAAUUGACGAGUGUACAACAAGUCAAAGAGGAAAUGCACAAAUUUAUUGCGGAGCAGUUGAACACAUCACGUGUCCCAUUGUGCAUAAAUCCCCAGUCAGCUGCAUUCAAAAGUUUCGCGAGCUCAACUGUGGCGCAUCCCUCGGAAUUACCACCGUCACCGCAUCAGUGGGAAUGAUCCCACUCAUCCCACAAUCUCCAAUCAUCUCUAAAACCACAACAAAAAUAAUUAAAAACGAGCCAAGAGAGAUAAUAGACUGCCGAGCACUUGUAGACUCGAAUUUAUUUUUUUUCUUUUUCUUUUAUUUUUUCUCUAUAUGAAGAUAAACAAUUCUCAAUCUUUAGUUUUUAAUGCGAGAUAAGAAAAAAAUCUAGGUAAUUUCACAAACGGGAUUAUUUUUCCUUCGUGUACAUAGACGAUUAUAAUAGAGGAUAACGAGACU